UUCUUUCUUUCAUUUCAUUUCUAUACCUUUUUUUUUUCUUCUUCUAACCAUAUUCUUUCUCACUUUCAUUUCAUCCUUUUGAUUUUUGUUUUUUUGAUUGACCGGCCACCGGUACCAUCCUCAAAAAACACUAAGCCGGACCGGCCGUCAAAACAAAACAAAACAAAACAAAACCAUUUCACUAGAGUUAUUUUUCACAUCUUUAUUAUGUUAUGUUAUAAGGACAUAAAUGCAGCCAUCAUCAUCUCAAUUUCUUCUUCUUCUUCUUCUUCUUAUUCUUAUUCUUGUUAAAGUUUCACACUCUCACAAUUGCCUCUUAUUUUCAAAAGGGCAUUUUUUGUUUGUUUAUUUUUGUGUCAAUUGAAGCUAAUAAAUAAACAAAACAAAACAAAGAAAAAUGACUACCAAGGUGAAAGGCUUAUUGAAAGGCCUAAGAUACAUUUCUCAGAUAUUUGAUGAGAAAGAAGAGGAAAUACAAAUUGGAUUUCCUACUGAUGUAAAACAUGUUGCUCACAUUGGUUGGGAUGGACCUUCUUCAAAUAAUGGCCCCAGUUGGAUGAGUGAGUUUAGGACCCCUACAGAAGUGUCAUCAGGACCAUUAGAACCUAUUAUUACCCAACAACAAGACCCUUUAACACAAAAUGAAAAUACAAAAUCAAGGCGCCACCAUUCGAGCAAUUUAGGUGGCUCUUUGGAAGCAGCUACUAAUUCUCCAACCAAGAGAGGUUCUUCUUCCGAGGGGAAGCAUUCAAGGCGCAGGCGUUCCACAACAGACGCGUCUGCUACCUCCCAUGCUCGCGGUGGAAGUGGUGAUUCCUCUGGCAGUUCGCGCCAUUCUUCUAGGCGCUCUCAUAAGUCUAAUCUUUCAUCAGUGGACUCAGCUGCUCAACACCAACCUGCUAUACCCAAAAGCUCUCGUAGGAAGAAGGGUUCAUCAUCUACAGAAGGAAGCUCCACAAGAUCAAAAGGACAUCAUUCCUCAUCCAUGACAGAUACUCAAUACUCUGAUCUUGGAACAGACUCUGAAACAGGCCUAAUUGAAUUGAACAACAACAAUGAACAACAACAACAACAACUCAAAUAAUAACACAAUAAUGCCAAAUUGCUUUGCUUUUAUUCCCAACUCACAGAGAGGUUUUCAUAUGAAUCUCCUAUGCACUUUUUUUCUUCUUAUUUGUUUUUAUGAUUUAUAGCUUUUGGAUGAGAAACAAAGUCAACUCAGCAUAAAUCAUUGUUUUUUGUCUUGCCUAGAAAAAACAACAACAUAGGAUAGGACAACAAGAGUUGUUGGGUUGAAUUUGUUUCCUACUUUCUUAUUUAAUUUCAGUUUGAAGACAUCGUCAUCAUAUCAUAGUAAAGAAUUAAAUAAUCUGUACAUGACUUAACUUUUUCUUAUGUCUUGUCCCUUUGAGGGAAUUUUUGAAUAGAGAAAUACAAAAAGUGCUGUAAAAAGCUAAUACUAUAUGUUAUCUUUUCAUUUAUACAUAUGAUUCAACUUUUUCUCUUAUUAAGUACAAAAAUAUCAAAACAAAAUCAAUAAGCAAAUUUUGUGAAAUGACAAAGAUUUUGUUUUUAAUGUUUCAAUAACAUAUGAAGAGUGGAAUCCUUUUGAACAUUGUAACUAGACAGAUUUCGAUUUUGAUCAUUGAGUAUUCUUCCACAAAACACAAUCUUCUGCCUACAAAUUGGCAUUCCCACCUUACAAAAAAGCUUUUCUUUAACCUCUUCGAUUGUAUUCGAUCUCAUAACAUGGAGUGUUAUGGUCUUUGAGCUCCAAGUCUUAACAAGAAUUUGAAUCCAACAAGGCUGCAGCUCCAAAUUCGAAUUCUCUUCGAUCUCAUAAAAGGCCAAGCUCUUGCAGUCCUCGAGCUCCUUCCCUGCGUAAACCAUCUUGCAUUCGUCCACGGGACAACCUAUGAAGCUCUCAACGAUUGUUUUGAGGUUGCAAACAGUGUACAAGACUUGUACUUGGAAACUAAGAAGUUUCCCAUUCGGGGUUCGAACAAUGAUUGGCAAUGAAGUUGUGGGAUGGAAGAUCAAAUGAAGGGUGGAUUCGGUUUUUAUUCCAAGUGAUUCCAAUGUCCUGUAAUCUUCAAGGCUUAUCCCACCAUGGAAUAAAGAAUACUCAUCUUGUUUGAUUCCUUCAGCAACAAGAAUCUUGGAUUUGAUUUCAUGAACAAUAUGAUAACCUCUUGCUUCAACAACAAUAGUUUUCUUCUUGUUUGAGACUGCUGCUAUUUUGACAUAUAAUUUCAUCCAAGUUGAACUUAUCUGAUGAUUCUUGUUGUCCUUAUUGUGUUGGUUUUGAAUCUUGUCAUCAACUGUUGUUAUCUGUUCAUAACCAAAAUCAUCAUCAUCAUCUUCUUCCAAAUGGGAUUCUUUGACUUUUCUUGAAUUUUCUUUCUUUCUAAUUAACUUGGUUUUCAAGUUUCUGAUGGUUUUAGUUGCUAUGACCUUCAAUUGUGCUACUCUCAAAACUCUUCUGAAUAUGUUUCUCUGCCACAAAAGAAAGAAAAAGGGUUCUAAUAUUUAUUGAUUUCAAAGCCAAAAACAAAACAAAAUAGAAGUUUUUUGUUAAAGAAAGAACCU